CGAGCACUGCCCGACAGGCCGAGAGAUCGAGCGAGCCAGCCUCGAGCACUGAUCGAUCGACCGACCGACCGACCGACGGGCGACCACAAUGGCGUCGUGAUUUGCAACUGCGCAACUGUCAAAAGCUUUUUCGAAGUGCUUCACGAGCUGCUGUGCAGCUUCACGACCUGCGGCAGCUGCAGAGCACCGAUCGACCGGCCCACAAGCGCACUGGCCCCGGAUUUCGAUCGCUGUCUAAAUUAGGCUCGGGCGCGUCGUACGCGCGAUCUGAUCGCGAGUUUUGCGUUCGGAUCAGCUGUGUGCGCAAGUCGAGAGGCGUCGAUCGGCCCCUCAGACAGACAGACGAUGCUACUACUUAAACAGCAAUUCGACCUCCCAUCCACAAGCAGCUGAGUUCAGAAUCAACAACAUCCUUCGAGUUCUUACAAGCUAAUCGGUAAUCGGGAAUCGGGAUCGGUGGUAGUCUCAGAGAGAGCAAUUCCUUUAUCAGAAUGGCGGACGAGGAGUAUGGCAGCUACGGUGCGAGGAGGACCAACAGGGCUGGCGACGACGAGGAAGAACAAACGCGUUCUGCCUACGGCGAGUCGGGCACGACAGGCACGGGCCGGUACAAUCGAGCGUCGUCGAAGACCGACAGCGAUCGGACCAUGGACGAGCCCGAUCCCGCGGUGCCCACGGCGGGAUACUCGUUGGAAGCUACUUACGGGAAGGGAACGGGGGAAGAGGACGAGAGCGAGGGCCGAAAGCCGUCCUACGGCCAGCAGCCCUCGUACGGGAAGCCCUCGAAGCCCACGGUGACAGGUCCCGGUCAAACCAUGGACGAGCCCGAUCCCGUCGAACCCACUCAGGGCUACUGCAUCGACAGCACGUACGGAAGCGGUAAGCUCGAGACCGACGAUGAAACUUCGGGCGGCUACGGAAAGACGACCUCCGGCACGGGGUACGGUCAGUCGGGCUCCGGCUCGUACAAGAAGCCGGCGUCCUCCACCGACGACGAGGCCACGACCGGGUACAGCAUCGACAGCACUUACGGAAGUGGCAGGAAGAGGACCGACGGCGACGACGACGUGGUCGGCACGCAGAGCUAUGGUGCCAGCGCCUACGGGGCGCCUAAGAAGGACGACGACGAAGAGGAGUCGCAGUCUGGGUACGGGUACGGUGGAAAGAAGGUUACGUCCUACGGCUCGGGCCGCAAGGACGAGGAGGACUCGACCGUUAGUGCAUACGGUGGCAGCACCUACGGCAAGAAGAAGGACGAGGAUGAGGGCGAGUCGGGAUACGGAGGAUAUGGAGGCAAGAAGAGCUCGAGCACUGCCUACGGCGAGGCUGAAGACAGCGAGGUGACAUCGGGCGGCUAUGGCCGAACCUCGGCGUACAAGCCCUCGACUUAUGGAAGCGAAGAGGCUGACCCCGCGGUGCCCACGGAAGGAUACUCUCUGCAGAGUACUUACGGCGAGGUGGAGGAUGAGAGCUCGAAGCCGGCUGGUUAUGGCGGCAGGAAGACGAGCUCUUUCGGGGAGGGCAAUGAUGAUGAGUCCGACGAGCAGAAGCCCAAGUACGGAAGAAAGAAGCACGGUGACAGCGAGUCCGACGACGACGAGGAGAAGAAAUCGAGCUACUCGAAGCACGGGCAGCGCCGUGGAGAUGACGACGAGGACGAAGGGAAAAAGUCGGCCUACGGGGACGACGAUAGCGAGCAGAGCGGGAGGUCCAAGUACGGGCAAUCCAGAUAUGGACGCAACGACGAUGAAGAGCUAGUGUCUUCUACCGCCGGCCUCUCUCUUGAUUCUGAUCGCUAUUCUGGAGAAGACUCGGAAAACCGGAGGCGUGGUGACGAUGACGAAGAUGACGACAACCGUCGCGGCAAGCACGGCCACCACCACAAGAAGCGUGAUGACGACGACGAGUGAGGACACAGCUGCUACUCAUUGAUGGAGGACUACGGGCUAUGCACGACGAAAUUCGGAGUAAAUCGAGGCAUGUGAAAAGAUUUCAGAUCAAUUUGUUUCUGAGAAACUCUAGUACCUGUGGAAGCUGGUCGAGAAAAACGUGCAGCGAACAGAGGAGAACAACAUCUCAAGUCUCUGACACUGAUCCUGGUCGAUUGAGCGAAAAGAACGGUCGGAUGCGCAUUAAGGUCAGCUUGUCCAGAGAGACUCGCGGCGAAAUUUGCGAUAAGAAAAAAAGAUUUGCUCAAAUUUGCUUGUGUCGUUUGGCUUUCGAAACCUGCAGGAUCCUCAAGGGCUACUGGUUCUUGCCUCGUCUUUAGCGAUUCCUCUGUGAAUGAAGAACAUGUACGUUAGUCCAGGCAGAAGAUGAUCACUCUGUUUAUUCUGAGCAAUGUAGAGGAUGGAGAGUCCUGGAAGCAAAACUCCUAUGUAUGUGGACUUCAGAACUAGUCAACGAGUAAAGUUUCUCUAGGGAGGAAAUUACUCGUAGUUACUUCAGUAUUUGUUUUUCGUUGCUGUGCUGGAAUAUUAAUGAUAUCACUGCUCUGGUCUUC